AUGUUCACAUCGCUCGGCCUGUUUGGGUCAGUUUCAUGCCCGCGAGGCAAGGAUUGCAGUCUUUUAAAAUGCAUAUUUUCUCAUGACAAUGUGCCGGAAUCUUCUGAGGCUCAGUCUCUGAAGAUUCCAGCGUCAGGUGACGAUGGCCCUCCCUCUAAACGGGUCAAAGUGGAAAGUGUACAGUUGCCAGGGUCUUCCAUCCCAUCUUGCAACUUAACAGAAUCGUCCCUCGAAAUGGGUCGGCGCUCAUCGAAACCAGUCGCCCCUAAGCAAUAUCAAAAGACACAAGACAGCUCAAGAGCACAAGAAGCCACCCAGCCUACCUCAAGCCAUGGCCCUCCAAACCCCUCUGGUAGUGAGCCUGCGAAGCGCAUCAAUACCGCAUCCGCUGCAUCUUCAGCAAAGCUUCCCCCACGCAAGGCUCCAAAAGAAACUUUGAAUCCUCGCAUGCUUGCUCAUGCACCAGCAACUCACGGCACUCGGACUGCUAUUCUCCAGAAGCUGCACUCCGCCAUGACUGCUCUCAAUGAAAAGCUACGAAAGGACAAAAAUAGCUCGAAUAGAUGUUUCGUCCUAACCCCCGAUGAAAUCAUCACAAUGGCUCUGGAUGAGGAAGAAAAGUUCGCGAGGGACAGUCCAAGCGUUUACGGCAAUGUUAUCAGGCUUCGAAUCGUGAGAGUUACAAAGAUGGACAUUGACGAAUGGGUCAAGGAGGUGAUGUCUCAUCUGAAUACACGAUACUAUAAGAUAAACCCCGUCCAAAAGCCUCAGACGAUACCCAGGCCGAUUAACACAGGCCUCACUCCUGCAGAAGAAAUCACAGUUGUAUCCCAGCUAGUCACGCCCCUUACUGGCCUCGAAGAACAUGGAUAUGUCACAACACAGCCCACGAACGCAGAGAUAGAAACUGCAAAGCGAGGUGUUGAUGGGUCCAAGGGCUGGGAGAAGUGUGACAGAUGCAGUCAACGAUUCCAGGUAUUUCCAGGCCGUCGGGAGGAUGGUGCCCUGACCAGCGGUGGCCACUGUGACUAUCAUCCAGGACGGCCCGUUUAUCCUCAGCGCAAGAAAACAGACCAUGUUACCGGUCCCUCCCAGCCAUACUUUCCCUGCUGCGGCGAAGCACUGGGGACAUCUACGGGCUGCACCAGAGCCGAGACACAUGUCUUCAAAGUCUCGGAGAGCAAGCGACUCGCAUCCAUUCUCCAAUUCAAGAGAACGCCAUCGCAGCCAGGAAAGGGACCACUGGAACCAGUGUCUAUUGAUUGCGAGAUGGGCUACACGACAUUGGGUCUCGAAUUGAUUCGUCUCACUGCAGUCAGCUGGCCUGAGGGGUCUGAUUUGCUUGAUGUGUUGGUCCGGCCUAUGGGCGAGGUAUUAGACCUCAACACGCGCUUCUCCGGUGUUACGCCACAACACUAUGCCUCCGCCAAGCCGUAUGGCACUCCAAUUCCCAGCAUAUCUUCACCGUCAAUAGACGAGACAAAGAAAAUCAACCCACCUUUGCAACUUGUUCAGUCACCCACAGAGGCGCGCGAGUUGCUUCUGAAGCUCCUUCAGCCUGAGACACCUCUCAUCGGCCAUGCAAUCGACAAUGACCUGAACGCUUGCCGUAUCAUCCACCCUACCGUUAUUGACACCGUCCUCCUGUACCCUCACCCCAAGGGUCUUCCCAUUCGUAUGGGUCUCAAGGCUCUUGCUCAAAAGCACCUUAGCCGUGACAUCCAGGUCGGGGAUAAUGGACACGACUCAAAGGAGGAUUCAAUUGCCACGGGUGAUCUUGUAAGAGUGAAAGUGGGCGAGAAAUGGAAACUGCUGAAGAAGGACGGACACAAAAUCGAAGGGGGAAAGUUGGUUCAUCCGAGUGGCCGAGUACCAACAGCCACAUCUUCAUGGACAACGGUCCAGAAAAGAAAGUUCAGCAGAUGA